AUGUGCCCUAUACCUGGCGAUAAGCUUUUUGGCUUAUCAAACAACUUAAAUUUCUUUAAAAGCAGCUGCUCUGUUUUUAUUAUAGAUGAAGAAAAACUCAAUCUUCAAUUUAUUCAAAAAUUUAGCCUUUCAGAAGCUUCAUUUCAAAGAGGCCCAGAAAAAAUUAUUUUUUCAAUAGAUGAAGACAAUGCUCUCAAAACUUUUCUUAUAAUCCCAAGAAUUAUAAAGAAUGUUGGAACUUAUUAUAACAAUUUUUUUUAUAUAUCAAUGAAAGAUAUACUAGGGUUUGAUCUGGUUAAUCAAAGAUGGCAUGCAAUAGUUAAAAGUGAAGAAGAUCGUUUUUGAUGCUCUUCUCUAUCAUUUAAUAACUCGAUAUUGGCUUUGGAAUAUGAAAGAGAAGAAAUUUAUAUUAUAGAUCUUUUAACUUUAUCAGUUUCUUGGUACUCUCUGCCGCUUAAAAAAAACGAUAGUGCAAAAAUCCUUUUCAAAUUUAGUGUAUUUGGUUGAUUUUCAUGGGAUAUUACUAGAAAGCUCUAUAAAUGACCCUUUUAA